CGUGUAAAAAAUUUACCUCAAAUGAAUUUUUUUGUAUAAAAUUAAAUCUAAUUUUUUAAUUUAAUAAAAAAAUAUUCAAAUUACAGAGAUUUUUCUACUCAAUUAAGAAUAUUUGCGAAACUUUGGCGCCAGUUGCUGUCACCAUCGCUGCAGUAGCUGCUAAAGAAAUAGAAACACUCAAACAAACGUUACAGGAAAAGGACACGCUUUUAAUGGCCAUGGAGGCUACGUGUAUAACGGAUUCCGAAAGGCAAGCCGAACUGGAAGACAGUGUUAUAGCAUGGCAAGAUAAAUACGAUCGUCUUUAUGAAUCACAUAAGCGAGUGCAGAAAGUUAACCAAAGUUUAGAAGAUAAACUAUUAAAGUUGGUAGAUCGUAAUACCGGAGAAAGAGCACAACUAACCAGUGAUGUGGCCACACUCAGUGUGCGUUUGGCACAGGCCAAUUUCAAUAUAUCCAAAUUGCAAAGAGAUAUUGAACGUUACAAAACAGACAUCAAUUUGGCCAUACAAUUAUUGCAAUGCAAGCCUGAUGGUUUUGUGCCACAAAAAAUAUCUUCCCUUCCAAUUGAUAUACAAUCGAAAGUUUCUUCUUAUAUGCGUUUGGACACCAAUUCUCAUUCCGAUUCUGAGGGUAGUGUUACGGGAAUUGGUAUUUCAACAACAGCUGCCUAUAAAGUGCUUCCAGCAACGGACUCACCACCACCGGCUCCCUGUCCCUUUCCGCCCACAGCCAUGGUUUAUUCCAUGAGGGGCCUUGGUAAGUGUUAGUAGACCAUGCUUUUUUCUCUUUUUUUUUGUUUAAAUUUUAUUUUAUUUAUUU